AUGUGGUUUGGUAAAGGUCAUUUCAAAGUGGAGGGUAAGCUUGUGGUGGUUUCUGGGGGAUCGCAGGGUGUUGGUGCUGAAUUCGCAAGACAGGUGUUCUUAAAAGGUGCAAGUGUUGUGAUUGUCUCUAGAACAGAAUCUAAAUUGAAAACCGUGGUGGAUGAAAUCUCAAAAUUCAGAGUGAAUGAUGUUCAAACCGUGUCAUAUAUUGCUGCUGAUAUCUCCAAAUACGAGGAAUCUGAAAAAGUGUUUGAUCAAUUGGAUAGAUCUCCAGAUAUUGUUGUGUGUUGUGCUGGUUCAUCAACUCCUAAACUGUUCCUUGAUCUAAAUCCAAGAGAAUUGGAGAGUGGUAUCUCUACAAAUUAUAACACUGCUGUAAACUUUGCACAUGCUGCACUAAAGAAAAUGUCAUUAGUUAACUCUGCAGACUCAAGACAUUUGAUAUUCUUUUCAUCUGUUGUGGCAUUUUUCCCAUUCAUUGGAUAUGGUCAAUACGCACCAUUAAAAGCUGCAGUUAGAGCAUUAGCAGAUGUAUUAAGACAAGAAACAUUACAAUACAACAUCAAAGUUUCAAGCGUUUUCCCUGGUAAUUUUGAUAGUGAAGGUUAUGUUGAAGAAAAUAAAACAAAACCUGAAAUUACAAAAAUUAUUGAAGGUUCAUCAUAUCCAAUCUCUUGUGAGAAAUGUGCAAACAUUAUAAUUGAUUAUUUGGAUAGAGGAUUUGAAACCAUAACAACAGAUUUCAUUGGAUGGGUUUUAACAACAAUAUCGUUGGGUUUAAGUCCAAGAAUAUUUGGACCAUCACAAGCCAUAUUAGGUUUCAUAAUAGCAUUGAUUGCCCCAAUCAUUUCAUGGUUUAUUGAUAGAGAUAUUAAAAAUUAUUUCAAGAAGCAAAAAAGUACAAAACAAAUCUGA